GGGCACGGGCCGCGCCCACUCUGCCUCGCCUGCUCGCAUGCAUGCUCCGCAGAGCCGCGCCGCCGUCGCUCGCCUUCUCGAGACGGCGGUCGCCGUCCACCCAAGCGCGCGAGCUCCAGCCAUGGCCACCUUCCCGCGCCACAUCGGCCGCGCCCGACCGAGGCGCUGACGCGCGAGCCACAGAGCAGAACCAGGCCUCGCAGCUCGCCCACACCGCGGCCGCCGCCGCCCGCAGGCUGUUCGACGGAACGCCCCGCCAGGCCGCGGUCUCAUGGAACGCCGUUGUCGCGGGCCACGCCAGGCCCGAGGGCGUCCUCAACGCGCUGGACGCUGCCGCUCGGAUGCACUGCGCCGGGUUGCCGCUCACGGAAGCCACGUUCGCGUCCGUGCUGGGCACCUGCGCCCGCGGGCGGCGGCUCAGCGCGGGGGCACAGGUUCACGGUCAAGUAAUCAAGUCUGGGCGCGAAAAUUUCCCCAUCGUAGGGGCUUCCCUCCUCGACUUCUACUCCUCGUGCUCCGACCUGCGCGCAUCUCGAGCGCUCUUCAAGACCCUGCACCUGAAGAACGAGCUGCUGUGGAGCCCGAUGGUAGUUGCCCUCGUGAGGUUUGGCCUGAUGGGCGAGGCCCUGAACUUGCUGGAGCGUAUGCCAGCGCCUCGUGAUGUGUUCGCGUGGACCGCUGUCAUAUCAGGCUUCACAAAGGGUCCGGCCAAGUGUUGCAUCAAGGCACUGGAGCUGUUUGUGAGGUUUCUGGCUGAUGAUGGUGUCAUGCCGAAUGAGUACACUUAUGACAGUGCUCUGAGGGCAUGUGUGAAGCUGCAAGAAUUAGAUUUUGGGCGAUCAGUUCAUGGAUGUCUGAUUCGAAGUGGGUUUCAGUCUGAGCAGUUAAUCACCAGUGCUCUUGUUGAUCUUUACUGCAGUUCUGAUGCCUUGGAUGAUGCACUGCUGGUUUACAAUGACUUGGAAAUGCCUUCCUUGAUUACAUCCAAUACACUGAUUGCAGGGCUUAUAUCAAUGGGAAGGACAGAGGAUGCUAAGAUAGUUUUCUCGCAGAUGCCAGAGCAUGACUCGGGAUCCUAUAAUCUGAUGAUUAAGGCAUAUGCUAUUGAUGGAAGGCUUGAGGACUGCAGGAGGUUGUUCGAGAAGAUGCCUCGGAGAAACAUGGUGUCCUUGAACUCUAUGAUGUCGGUAUUGCUCCAGAAUGGAAGGCUGGAGGAGGGGUUGAAGCUAUUUGAACAGAUAAAGGAUGAGAGAGACACAAUAACAUGGAAUUCUAUGAUUUCAGGUUACAUUCAGAAUGAUCACCCUUCAGAAGCUUUGAAGCUAUUUGUGGUCAUGUGCCGGUUGUCUAUUGGAUGGAGCCCUUCUACAUUCUCUGCUCUAAUGCAUGCCUGUGCAACUAUUGGAAUGCUUGAGCAAGGCAAAAUGGUACAUGCUCACCUCUGCAAGACUUCGUUUGACUCCAACAGUCAUGUUGGGACAGCUCUAACUGAUAUGUACUUCAAAUGUGGUUGUGUGAGUGAUGCACAGUCUGCAUUUGGUUACAUCACAUCACCUAAUGUUGCUUCAUGGACAUCUCUGAUCAAUGGUCUUGCACAAAAUGGUCACUGGUUGGAGGCUCUGGUACAAUUUGGUAGGAUGCUGAGGCAUCAUGUCAAUCCCAAUGAAAUCACUUUUCUAGGGCUUCUUAUUGCUAGUGCCCGUGCUGGUUUGGUUAACAAGGGGAUGAAAAUCUUCCACUCCAUGGAAAACUAUGGACUAGUUCCAACUGUGGAGCAUUAUACUUGUGCUGUCGAUCUUCUUGGUCGGACCAGAUGUACCAGAGAAGCAGAGAAGUUCAUCUGUGAGAUGCCUGUGCCAGCAGAUGGUGUAGUCUGGGGAGCCUUACUUACUGCCUGCUGGUAUUCGAUGGACCUGGAGAUGGGUGAGAAAGUUGCUCAGAGGUUGUUUUGCACGGGCACAAAACAUAGGUCUGCUUAUGUCACGAUGUCUAACAUAUAUGCUAAAUUGGGGAAAUGGGAAGAUGUUGUGAAGGUAAGAACAAGAUUGAGGAGUCUAAAUGCAAAAAAGGAACCAGGCUGCAGCUGGAUUGAGAUCAAGGAUAUAGUUCAUGUAUUCCUAGUGGAUGACCAGAAUCAUCCUGAGAGAGCAAAAAUCUUUUUAAUGCUAGAAGAUUUAGUAUCUCAUAUAUCAUUACAUUCUGAACCUGAUGAUAUGGUUAUCCAAAGCCUGAAUUGUUGAUUUACUGAUUCAUUCAAAGAGAGGCUGCAAGCAGAAAGCAGGGUUUUUUUUUUCUUCUGAAGAUUGUGUUUGUGCCCCUUUUAUCACUAAUUGUUAGGGAUAGAUAAGUGUCUCUGCAUGAGUGAAAGGCUGAAAGCCAGGAAUUACCUUAAAUGCGCAAAGCUGAUCGCACUGUCUGCUGUUGAUAUUCCUGGAGGAUUACUGCCUCCGAUAAAUUUGGUAUUAUUGGGGAUCUUCGCUUCAGCCUGCGAAAUUUGGGAACACUCUGGCACCUGUACAACCAUAGUACUUGAGAUGUUGUGAGAGGCAGUCCCUGCCCUGCCUCUCUGGAAGCCUCCACAGCCUUCCAAAACUCUCCCGCCCUCGCAACCCCCGUCUCCGGAAGCAUCCACCAAUCACCUGCCCCAGUUGCCCAGUCGUCCAGUGUCCGAAGAACACUCCAGAACCCCAAGCGCCCUCUAUAAAAUGCUGGUCUCGAUCCACUUGGCUCGAGUUGCGAGCAAUUCGCAGGACAAGAACGCACAAUCACACCAGCGGAGGACGCACAGGCGCGCUGAUCUGCAGCCCAGGACCGUUUCUUGGUUCGAUUGGUCGAUCUCAGCCGGUCGGAGAAGCCAUGGCGGACGACGCGUUCAACCUCACCGGCGCCGGCGAGGAGGAGGAGGAGGAGGUGAUGGGGGGCCUGGAUGAGGACGAGGCCAUGAAGGACCUCGACGCCGGGGAGGGAGAGGACGAGGACUACUUCCCGCCGACCAUGAAGGUCGGGGAGGAGAAGGAGAUCGGGAAGCAGGGGCUCAAGAAGAAGCUCGUCAAGGAGGGCGAGGGCUGGGACCGCCCCGAGACCGGCGACGAGGUCGAAGUGCAUUACACCGGCACCCUUCUCGACGGAACAAAAUUCGAUUCCAGCCGUGACCGUGGAACCCCCUUCAAAUUCAAGCUGGGACAAGGACAAGUGAUAAAGGGAUGGGACCUGGGAAUCAAGACUAUGAAAAAGGGUGAGAACGCGGUCUUCACUAUCCCACCAGUGCUCGCCUAUGGUGAGACUGGCUCACCACCAACAAUCCCACCGAACGCGACUCUUCAGUUCGAUGUUGAGCUCCUUUCAUGGGGCAGCGUCAAGGACAUCUGCAAGGAUGGUGGAAUCUUCAAGAAGAUAGUUACUGAAGGGGAAAAAUGGGAGAACCCCAAGGACCUUGAUGAAGUUUUCGUUAAGUACGAGGGGAGACUUGAGGAUGGAACUGUAGUGUCCAAAUCUGAUGGUGUUGAAUUUGCCGUCAAAGAUGGUUACUUCUGCCCUGCCCUUGCCAAGGCUGUGAAGACCAUGAAGAAGGGCGAGAAGGUCCUCCUCACUGUCAAACCACAAUAUGGCUUUGGAGAACAAGGAAGACCAGCUUCUGGAGAUGAGGGUGCUGUGCCCCCCAAUGCUACCCUGCAUAUAGAUCUUGAGCUAGUAUCAUGGAAGACUGUGACACUUAUUGGAGAUCGCAAGAGGAUCUUGAAGAAGGUUCUCAAGGAAGGUGAAGGCUAUGAGCGCCCUAAUGAUGGAGCAGUAGUGAGAGUGAGGCUUAUUGGUAAGUUGGAGGAUGGCACUAUCUUUGUAAAGAAAGGGCAUGAUGGUGAAGAGCCAUUUGAAUUCAAGACGGAUGAGGAGCAGGUUAUUGAAGGGCUUGACAUAACGGUGGUUAACAUGAAGAAAGGAGAGGUUGCGUUGGCGAGAAUACCACCUGAACAUGCAUUUGGGUCUGCUGAAACAAAGCAAGAUCUUGCUGUGGUUCCUCCUAACUCCACUGUCUUCUACGAAGUGGAGCUUGUUUCCUUUGAGAAGGACAAAGAAUCAUGGGAUUUAAAGAGCAACACUGAGAAGAUUGAAGCAGCUUCCAAGAAGAAAGAUGAAGGCAAUGCCUGGUUUAAGAUGGGCAAGUACGCUAAGGCUUCCAAGAGAUAUGAGAAGGCUGCAAAGUACAUCGAGUACGACAGCUCCUUCAGUGAGGAGGAGAAGAAGCAAUCUAAAGCUCUGAAGAUCAGUUGCAAGCUCAACAACGCCGCAUGUAAGCUGAAGCUGAAAGAAUACAGAGAAGCAGAGAAAUUCUGCACAAAGGUUCUGGAACUUGAGAGCACAAAUGUUAAAGCCCUGUAUAGAAGGGCGCAAGCCUACAUCGAACUCGUCGACCUGGAUCUGGCAGAGAUGGAUAUCAAGAAGGCCCUCGAAAUUGACCCUGACAACAGGGAUGUGAAGCUGGUGUACAAGACCCUGAAGGAGAAGAUGAGGGAGUACAACAGGCGGGAUGCCAAGUUCUACGGCAACAUGUUCGCGAAGUGGAGGAAGCUGGAGCACAUCGACAUCAAGAAGGUGCCCGGGAAGCAGCAGCCCCAGCCGAUGGCCAUCGACAGCGCUGCGUAGAGCUUCAGAGUCCGUGCGCACUCAUCAGCUGCCUGCGUGAGACAAUUUGAUCGUUUGCUGCUGGAUAUUAAUAAUACCGGGGGCGUGGUGUUACGAACUGUGGUAGAGCAAGUAUGGCCAUUAGCAGGCUUUUGCCGUGUAAGGGUACAUGGAUUUCUAUGCUAUGGAAAAAAAAGAAAAAAAAGCGGUGGGAUCUGUUCUCUAGUUGUAUGGAGCUGUGAUCUUGUUCUAUCGCUUCUUGCAUCAGUCGAACAGUGUGGCAUGAGCGCUACAGUUCUGCUCAA